CACCUCAUUCGCCGAGAGUCCGAGUCUCUGCUGGGGCGCGCUCAGGCCACGACCCCGUUCGACAUCACCUUUAAUCCGUUUCUGAUGCCAGCUUGACCAUGCCCAAACGUCUGCUCCCCAUGCAAAGCGGCAUCCUCCCACGACUCGCACCGCCAGCUCUAUCCCGACCGCCCAUCCAACCGACUCACGCCCUGCCUUGGCUGCAAGUCCUUGUCUUGCCUCAAACCCACUUCGUUUUCGCGUAAGGAGCGUUCUGUAUCUGAGGAGACUUCGAAAGGGGCCCAACAUCAGCGUCACUGUCGUCGCUGCAGCCACAUGCUAUUCUUCCUCUCACCGUGCCCAGACGACGCAGGACCCCCGGUACCAAGGCGAAACGCGAAAAAAAAAGCUCGAGGAUCCGGUUCCUUAUCACGCAGCCCUCGACUCACCAUCAUCAUUGCUAAGAUCACACAGCACAUAGUGAAGGCAUAGAUACCGGGUAGCAGAAAAGCUCAAGCGACAGGCGGACCUGAAAAGGGACAUGGCAGAGUCGUCUGGCGAGCCGGGCGUGCGGGCGUCGUCCGGCUCGGGACGCUCCAUAGGCAGCAGACGAGGACAAAAUCAGCCGCAGCAGCAGCUCCAUCAGAUCGAAAAGAGCGUCACCCAUCUUCUCGUAGCCACAAAGUCACUGUUAGAGACGCUCACCCAAUGGAGCCGAGGCACCGCAACCGAGGGCGAUGUGAGCGAUGUCUACGUUAGGUACGGUCUUAUUAGUUCGAUACUGUUCGUGUUGAAUGUAAAAACUAACGUGCAUCUCCUUUUCCUUGCGUAGGCUCGGAUAUGAGUUCAACAUAGCAUGUCGAAGCUUUAAUUCGAUCGGCGUCGAGACUAGCGAUCUAGGUCCUGUGCCGGACCUGCUCCGGUCUAUACUAGAGGACACCCUGUCGCAAGAGGCGUCUCAGGCUAGCUUGGACAGAUAUUUACCGCGGAUACGAGACAUCAUCAUCAAUCUACUACAAGGUCUUAAGAAGAAGCAAGCCAAGCUGCGUGCGCGUGCUGCAAGAGAAGCGGACAGGCCCGGCGCGAGUUCGCGGCAGGACUCAAUCGACAGUACGGGGGCUCAGGCGGUGCCCGAGAGAAAGGUUGGUGGUGAUAUCAGAGCAAACAUGCCGCGACAGAGCAGCAGAGAUAUCAACGGCCCAGAUUUACCGCCGCGAACAUCUUCGCGGAACGAGAGCAGAGACUCGCCCAAUCGGGGGCCGGACCGGUUCGACAGCAGAAGCACGCUACCGUCCACGGACUCGACGAUGUCAAGCAACACCGCACAGUCGAUGCCAGUUGUUACCCCUUAUCCGGAGGAAGAUACUAUACCUACCAACAAGCCACAGCCCCCUCCUCACACCGUCCAAAGCUUCCCACAUCCACCUCCCCCGCCUCCGAAGCAGACGGAUGCGCUGCUGGCGCUGCAGCGAGGAGGCGAUCUCGAGCGAAGGGCUUCAAGACGCUUCUCGACCUAUCAGAUCAAGCAGCAACUAGGCAACGCAACGGGCGUGCCCAUGAUACCACCAGCGCAGAACACACCAAUUCCGAACCGCGGCCGCGAAGUCAGGGAGUCGAUACAGGCCGUCCGUCAGCGCGGUUCCACGCAACUAAAUCGGCAAAGGACCGAAAGGCGCCUGGCUGGCGAGCCGUCGCCCGUGAGGAACCUGUCUCGGUUCUCGGAGGAAAGUGUGCAAUCGAUCAAGGGCAACGACCAAGCCUCGUCGAGCAGCCCCACAAUCAAGACGCCGGAGGAUAAGCUUGGCUCAUCGUAUUUUGAUAAGGAUGGUGCGGAGCGGCCUCGGGUCAGCGCUACCCUAUCAGGCCCAAUGGCUGAGCCUACUUUCAAUGAGGGAGAGGCCACGCCUGUGGAGCCGCCAGUGCGACAGCCGUCGAGAAAGCAGCAGACGCCGCCCCUGGAUACGCAAUUCGUGCCCGAGGACUCACCACAGCCGGGAAAGCCGUUGACUUUAUUUCUGCAGUAUAAGAGCCGGGUAAAAAAGAUUGUGCUCGAAGACGGAGCCAGCGAGCUGUCCGUUGCACGCCUGCAGCUCGCUUUCAUCGACAAGUUCGCAUGGAAUUCACACUCGGAGGGUAUCGAUUUGCCGGAGAUCUAUAUUCAAGACUCCGUGUCCGGGGUACGGUACGAGCUGGAGGACCUCAGUGACAUCAAGAACAACACAGUGCUUGUCCUGAACGUGGAGCCGCUUGACGAGGUCAAGCGCCACGUUGAUGAUGGUUUCUCCAACAUCAGGCGUGUCGUCGAGGGCAUCAAGACUGCAGUCGAGGAUCAGCAAUCCGCCAUCAAGCUCAUCAGCGAGAGGCAACAGGAGACAGCAAAAGGCCUGGCUAGCCUGUCCGUCGCCCCUCAAAUCAGCGGCAUUCGUUCACCCAACGUGGAGGCAUCGGGAGGCGCACGGUCUACCUCUCCUACCAAGCCGGGAGCCGACGUAGAUGUCAACCAGCUCAUCGAGCUCUCAUCCCUGCGACGAGACCUUGCCAUCCUGCGCCAGACCUACUCAUCCUUCGCAUCAGAUGUCGAGGCAUCAAUGGCAGCUGUUCGAACAAAAGCCGCUGCUGUCAAAUCCGUCGCAGUUAAGGUCGCACUGCCAGACAUCAAGGGCGAAUCCGGGAGGGCAUAUGUCAACAAGGAGCUGUACGGGACGUUCAGCAAGGACUCUUCCGCUAUCAUCGAUUUCGUCGAUGACGUGCAAGACUCGAUCGAAGACCUACGCAAGGACGUAGUCUCACGCGGCGUCCGUCCGCUACCCCGACAGCUGGAGCAGAUGGCCAAAGAUCUCAGUCACGCGACAGCCGAGGUCAAGCGGCUCGAAGCAUACAUCAAUAGAGAAAAGCCGAUUUGGACUAAGAUAUGGAAGCAGGAGCUACAGCAGGUUUGCGACGACAAGGAGGCUCUGGCCGACGCCGAAGCGUUGGUCAAUGACAUGAAGUACGAUCUUAACGUCGUGGAGAACACGUUCAAGCUCGUUGAAGAAGCAUGCAAGCAACAGAACCUAGAAGCCAGCCGUGACGGAGAUGGCGGGCCCGGCGCCGGCGGCAGGGUUCCACGUAGCGUCAGCGGUAGCGCGAAUCGCAUCGCUGCCUUCGCGGUUGAUCAGGGUGUCGAUCCACACAAGGCCAAAGACGGGGUUCUGGGCGAGGUCAAGGCGCUAUCUAUAGAUCACGACAGCCGCAUCGACGCGAUCCAGCGGGCGGAAAGAGCGCGCAAGAAGGAGUUGGAAAGCCGUAGCGAGGGCGCAUUCAAGAAAGAGCUUGGCGCAUUCGUGGAAGAAGGUCGGUUGAAAAAGACUGGCGGCGUGGAGGAAGUGGAGCGGCAGCGCAAGGCCAAGGAUGCACGGAACAUCAAGGAAAACAUGGAGCGCGCGGCGGAGCGGGCGAGGAAGGCGGCCGAGAAGAAGGCUGGCAGGGUGAAGGCAGAUACCCCUGCCCAGCCUUCUACGGCAACCGUAGAUGCUAACGCGGAAGCUCCCAACGGCUCCUUGGAGGUUCCCUCUGUCGACGGCAGUGGUGGCGCUAGUCCCGAAACGAAAUUUGUAGACGCAAAGGAAGAGAUCGAGCCGCCGCCACCUCCGCCGCUAUAGGGCGCAUACACGAACCUCGUAUUUCACAGCGGGGGAUCGAAAAGCUCUAUACAUCAUAUCAUCUUGGCCACAAAGGGACGGGUCCGCAUAGACAUCUCUGCGGUUUCUCUCACACGUUUCUUUCAUUUCACAUACACUAUCUAUAUCCUACACCGCAUCUAUCUUCAUGGGAUUGUGGAUGAAACUCUGCACUGUCGAUGGUGUCUGUCCAAUUCCUUUCAGCACGGUGUUUUCGGCGUCACGAGCAUUUCUUGCGAAGAGCUAUUCGCUCUUUAGCUUCCUGAUUGUCUUCCGUGGCUUGGCGGAACGUUUGUAAUGAAUUCUGUGCAGAUCUCAUGAGCAUCGAAUGUUGCAAAUAAGUCUUAAUUCUACGUCUACUUUCUUUGUUAAACUUUACCUUUUGCAACCGCCCGUCGUUAUCUGUGCCGCAGAUAUGACGCUGUUCAAAUCGGACACAGGCCGCGCCGCUUCUGCCUUGUCCCAGUGCUUGGUUGCGUCAGCGGUAAAAGAUUGUACACUAAAAAGAGGGCAAUAUGGAACAACGACAAGUCAGUGAGAAGCCUUCCGGCCUUAACCAUGAUUGGAAAGAAAGAUCAAAAACAACUUCUUUUCCUCCUAGAGACAUGCGAUAAAGUAGCUAUGUUUGUUGCCGAUGAAAAGAGC